GAUAAUUAUUAAUUAAUUAGCAGCAUCUGUUAAUCGUUCAAUAUGGACAAAGCUAAUAAUACAAGCAGUCCAUUGAUCCAUAUUGGUCGCACCAUAAGUGCUCUUGCAAGAAAAUGUGUAUUCCAUAUACUCUCCGUCGGGCCUCUUCCAAAUCACAUUGCAUUCAUAAUGGAUGGGAAUAGAAGAUAUGCAAAAAAGCACAAUUUGGAAGAAGGUUCAGGUCACAAGGUCGGUUUCUUCGCCUUAAUGUCUAUGCUCCAGUACUGUUAUGAGCUCGGUCUCAAGUACGUGACUAUAUACGCAUUUAGCAUAGACAAUUUCAAGAGACGUCCAGAAGAAGUCCAACAUGUGAUGAAACUGAUGCAGGAAAAGAUUGAAGGGUUAAUCGAGGAAGAAAGCGUAGUGAACCGUUAUGGUGUUAGGGUUUUCUUUGUCGGAAACUUAAACCUACUCCCUAAGCCUGUAAUGCUGGCUGCUGAAAGAGCCAUGGCAGCAACAGCUGGAAACUCGAGAGCAGUUCUGUCGAUUUGUUUGGCUUAUACUUCUACGGAUGAGAUUGUUCAUGCUGUACAAGAAGCUUGUGAGGAAAAUCAGAUGAAUGGAGAAAUUAAGUUAACAGAUGUUGAGAGGCAUAUGUACAUGGCGGUGGCAGCGCCAGAUCCAGAUAUCAUUAUACGUACCUCGGGCGAAACUCGGCUGAGUAAUUUUCUUCUGUGGCAGAGUUCACAUUCGUAUUUAUAUUCGCCUUCUAUUCUCUGGCCGGAGAUCGGUUUCCGUCAUCUAUUUUGUGGUAUCUUGAACUUCCAGAGGAAUUUCAAGUAUUUGCAGUUGGAAAGAAAGAAGAAUUAGGUGAUAAUUAAACACGUUGGAAUAAGUUAAUAAGGGCAGGUUUUACAGGCAGAAGGAAAUUAGGGUUCUUGAUCGAAAACAACAACAGAAAGAAUCAUAAGCCUUUGGUUUCAGCUGAAACAGGUACACCGUUUGUUCUUGAUAUAUUAUUAUUAUUUUUAACAUUCAUGGUAGAUGAAAAUUGAAUAUGUGUGUUCAAUUGUAUAUGAUUGAUAUUGACAAACAAUUCCCAAAAUCAAUUGAGAAUUCCUAAAUGUUU